AUGCCCGAUUCGAAACCUUGGCCGCAAGUUCCGGUGGGCAAUGCAGACCACACGCAAGCUGCGGUCGUCAUCAUUGGCGCCGGCUUCUCAGGGAUGUGCAUGGCUAUUGACCUGCUCAAGCGGAACAAAUGCCAAAAUUUUGUCAUCUUAGAAAAGUCCAGUGGAGUUGGAGGGACCUGCUUGCUGUACUCGUAUUCAUUCGAGCAAAAUCCCGACUGGACACGCCUGUACCCAGGACAGGAAGAGAUUCUCGAGUAUCUUCAAGGCGUGGCGCGGAAGUACAAUCUCUACAAGCAUAUUCGCUUCAACAGUACCGUGGAAAAGGCCCGCUGGGAUGAAGAAGAGAAGAAAUGGAAGACUUCAGUGCGCGUCUCCGGCGACAAAGACGCAGAGUUUGCGGAAGGCUACACGAUCACUUCCGACUUCUUGGUCUCUGCGGUCGGUCAGUUGAAUAUGCCGCAAUACCCGAAGAUUCCAGGACUCGAAGACUUCAAGGGAAAGAAGAUGCACUCGGCACGGUGGGACUGGAGCUAUGGACUGGAGGGGAAGCGCAUUGCGGUCAUCGGAAACGGCGCAUCGGCGGUGCAGAUCAUCCCGGAAAUAGCAAAGGUAGCUUCGAAGGUUACGGUCUAUCAGCGACAGGCCAAUUGGGUAGUACCACGUCUUGACAGGCCAGUGUCGAUAGCGACGCGAAUGGCGUAUCGCUACGUGCCGCCGCUGCGGUGGCGCAGACGGGCGUCGAUGAUGGACUACCGCGAGUCGUUCCACUCGGCCGUCUUUGAUCCCGAGUCGUCCUUCGCCGAGCAGGUCCGGCAAUGGUGCCUUGGGUCGAUGCGGCAGCACUUUCCGGACCAGCCGCACAUGUGGGAGAAGCUUACGCCCAACUACAGCCCAGGCUGCAAGCGCGUCAUCAUCUCGGACGACUUCUACCCGGCUCUAGCGCGCGACAACGUCUCGCUCGAAACGAGGCCGAUCAAACGCAUCACCGACACUGGGAUUGUGGUGGAUGAAGAGGCUGGCGCGGACGAGUUCGACCUCAUCGUGCUGGCAACGGGCUUCCGCACCGUCGAGUUCAUGCACCCGAUCGAGAUGAGCGGGGCGGGCGGACGGCAGCUGGCGGAUGUGUGGAAGCAGGGCGCAAGCGCGUACCUGGGCGUCGUGGUCGAAAGCCUGCCUAACUUCGGCAUCUUCUAUGGGCCCAACACCAAUCUCGGGCACAAUUCCAUCGUGCUGAUGAUCGAGUCGCAGUCGCGGUACCUCAACGCCAUGGUUGCCAAGGUGCUGGAGGCGCGCAAGCAGGGCAAGCAGCUGACGCUGCUGCCGAAGCCCGAGGUAGUGCGCAAGUUCAACGACGAGCUGCAGCAAGAACUGGGGAGCAGCUCGUUCGCGGAUCCGAAGUGCCAGAGCUGGUACAAGAAUGCAGACGGCAGGAUCACGAACAACUGGAGCCAGACGGUGGUCGACUACCAACACAGACUGGAAAAGGUGCACUGGGAUGACUUCAUCGUCGAGGGGUCUGGAGCGGACGUUGUAGGCCAGAAGGACACGCGCGUUGGCCGCGUAGUCGAGGAGACUCGGGUGAGCAACACAACAAUUGCUUUGACUCACCUCGCGGUCGAUGACCUGCAUGAGCUGGAGGACAAAAUCACCGAGCAUGGCGGGCAGAUAACCUACAACGUCUCCGAGGCCAGCUUGGUCAUCGGCAAGGUUGGCACUAAGCGACGGGCUAUCAUGGAGCUGCGUUCCCGCAGCUUUCACACCGAUGACGUAACACCCGAGUCGGAACCACCAGCCAAAAGGCGCAAGAUGGAGAACGAAAGUUUCUCUGUAGCCGGUCUUCAGCGCGAUACCAUCAAGGUCAUUAAAAUGGAGUGGCUCGACGAGUCCUCGAAUGCUGGCAGGCUGCUACCUCUGUGGAAUCACCUUGUCUAUGAAGGGAAACCGGUCCCAGAUGAUCCUUCCUCUGGUCCCAAGUCACGCCAGACUUCGGGUCAGAGUAUCCUCGAGCGCGCCAAAGCCGAUGCCUAUCCUGGCACAGCGAGCACUUCAGAAAAAACGCGCUGGGCACACAGCAAAACCGCACUGCUCCAGCAAAACACCAGCGAAUACGAAGGAGAGCCCGCGAGCGACGUUCCUCCGCCCCCGGAAUGGGCUGUCAGGGGCAUCAAGUACGCUUGCCAACGCUCUACUCCUGCCAAUUCGCCCAAUGCUGCCUUCAUCCAGCAGCUCAAGUCCAUCCGUCUGACGCGGACUUUGAACGGCGAUGAGGUUGGCGUACGCGCAUACAGCACCUCUAUCGCCGCUAUAGCCGCAUAUCCCCAUCGCAUCAUCCACCCCAAAGAGAUCCUCGGUCUCCCCGGUUGCGACGCGAAGAUUGCCAACCUCUGGAUCGAAUGGAAGAACUCCGAUGAAGGGGUCAUAUCCGCCGUCGCAGAUGCUGAAAAGGACGAGACGCUGAAGAUCCUCCGCACCUUCUACGACAUUUGGGGCGUCGGUGCCCAUACCGCGCGCGAGUUCCUGUUUGAGCGUGGCUGGCGCGAUCUCGACGAUGUAGUCGAGUACGGAUGGAGCACGCUGUCACGCGUCCAACAGAUCGGCGUCAAGUACUACGACGAGUUCCAACAGGGGAUCCCGCGGCCCGAGGUCGAGCGCAUUGCCGCCGUCGUGCGGGACCAUGCCAUCCGCGUGCGCGACGAGCGUGUCGAAGUCAUCGUCGUCGGCGGGUACCGCCGUGGCAAGGACGCCCCCGGCGACGUCGACCUCAUAGUGUCGCAUCGCGACUUCGGCGCCACCGAAAACCUUGUGACGGAUCUUGUGGCCAGCCUCGAGCGGGAGAGCUGGAUCACACACACGCUUCUCCUGUCCCUCCACAACACGCAGCGCGGCCAGUCCGUCUUGCCCUACCGUGCGUCGAGCACCAUGGUAGGCCCAAAAGGCUCGGGAUUCGAUACUCUUGACAAGGCUCUUGUCGUGUGGCAGGAUCCGGAAUGGCCAUCAAAGGAGGCAGACCUAGCCAGAGAUCCCAAGGCAAAGAACCCCAACAUCCAUCGCCGCGUCGAUAUCAUCAUCUCUCCUUGGCGAACGAUCGGCUGCGCCGUCGCCGGGUGGAGCAGCGGUACCACUUUCCAGCGCGAUUUGAGGCGGUAUGCCAAGAAUGUGAAAGGGUGGAAGUUUGAUAGCAGUGGGGUCAGAGAUAGGCAAACUGGGGAGGUUGUCGUGCUGGAAGGCCCCGAUGGUGUGGAGGAAGGCCUGGGCUGGGAAGACGCGGAAAAGAGGGUGUUUGAAGGAUUAGGACUGAAAUGGAUUAGGCCAGAGGAGAGAUGCACGGGAUGA